CUGCUGAAGGCCUGCACGGGCGAGUUCUCCCUGGAGUCCAUCCUGCUGCUGCGGCUGCGGGGCCGCGGCAUCGCCCGCCUGGGCUGCCUGGCCGACUGCUCCAACCUGGAGUGGCUGGACCUGUCCGGCAACGCCAUCGCGGCGCUGGCCCCGCUGGCCGCCCUGCGCGCCCUGGCCGUGCUCAACCUGGCCGGCAACCGCGUGGCCAGCGUGGAGCCGCUGCGGGGCUGCCGCAGCCUGCGCCAGCUCAACCUGGCCGGCAACCGGCUGCGCAGCCUGCGCCAGCUGCGCUGCCUGCAGGGCCUGCGCCACCUCGAGAGCCUGCGCCUGCGGGACCCGCUGGCCCGCCUGGGCAACCCGCUGUGCGCCGCGCCCGCCUACCGCGCCGCGCUGGCCGCCAUGCUGCCCGGCCUCAAGGCCAUCGACGGGCAGCGCGUGGCCGGCCGCGGCAGCGAGCUCUUCCGCCUGUGCCGCGAGCUGGACGCCGCGCUGGACGGCGGCGGGGCCGCCGCGGCCGAGGGGCCGGCGGAGGAGCCCCCCCGGGGCCGCACCCAGCCCUGGGUGCAGGCCGGGUUCUGGGAGCCGCGGGCGCCGCGCCCCAGCGCCGUGCUGGAGGAGGCCACGCGGCAGCUGGGGGAGGCCCUGCGGGAGUGCCGCGAGCUCGGCCGGCGCGCAGACGACUCCAUCGCCCAGGCGCAGAGAGCGCUCGGCCGCCGGCACGCCGGAAACUACGGCUUCUGAGCCGCCGCGGGGACGGGGGGCACGAUGGGGGUGGAGGGGCUGCAAAUGGGGCCGGGGGGGCUCCAAAUGGGGCCGGGGGGCACCCAGAGACACCACAGCCAACACUGGGACUGGGAAACCACCAGAGACACCACAGCCAGGAGCCCUCGAGUUCUGAGCUGGGGGACUCCGUAUAGGGUUGGGGGCUUCCAAAUGGGGGGGGGGCUCCAAAUGGGGCUGGAGGGCACCCAGAGACACCACAGCCAACAACAGGACUGGGAAACCACCAGAGACACCGCAGCCAACACCGGGACUGGGAAACCACCAGAGACAGCACAGCCAGGAGCCCUCGAGUUCUGAGCUGGGGUGGGCUGAAACAGGGCUGAGGGGCUCCCAAAAUGGGGCUCAGGGGGCACCAAACGGGGCUGGGGGACUUUAAAUUGGGUUGGGGGGGCUCCAAAUGGGGCCGGGGGGCACCCGGAGACACCGCAGCCAACACCGGGACUGGGAAACCACCAGAGACACCGCAGCCAGGAGCCCUCGAGUUCUGAGCUGGGGGACUCCAUAUGGGGUUGGGGGCUUCCAAAUGGGGCCGGGGGGGGUCCCAAAAUGGGGCUGGGAGGGCGCCAGAUGGGGCCAGGGGGGCACCCAGAGA